AUGGCUCCCUUCCGUGUUAUCCUGCCUCUAGUCUCGGUCCUGCAGUCGCAGCGCCAGAGAAGGUCCGCCGACCCCGAACAGAGCGCAGGCGCCCCGGAGGCACUUUCACAGUCUCACGACGGUCCGCCCAUCCAAUCCGAGCUCAACCUCAAGUCCGGUACCGACAUACUCCACUCAAAUGCGGGUCAGCCAACGCUUGGCGAGCAACUCGAGGGCGGCGAGGUUGACGACGAGAAGAACGAAGUCGUCCCCAAGUAUCGGUAUACCCCGCUGGUCUCGGGUAUCGCCAUCCCUUUCUGCAUCUUGCUCCAGAUACCGGGAUUGACGGAGCACUGGUAUAUCCGUACGUACGGCAACCAGAUCGUCGAAACGAGGGCCAACCCGGCCAUUCUCGAUGUUGGUAUCUGCCUCUCCAUGGCGUCGGCCGUGCUGGCUAGCAUGUGCCUCAUCGUCCGAUUCCUCGAAAAAAGGGUCUUACUAUCGACUAUUUUGUGCCUCGGAUUUCUGACCUUCCAUGACACAAUCAAUAUCAUCGCUGUCACGAUAUUUGGCGUUCAGCAUCGCUUCAAUGACGGGUUCACGUACGGCCAAGCCUUUUGGAUCACUGUCUGUUCUACAGUGGUAUCUUUUUUCACCAACAUAAGUUUGGUUUUCGACCUUCUUCGAACCGAGGAUUUCGAGCAAAGUGGUAGUGGUCUCACACGCAAGCAACGCUCGCUCGUCAUCAUGAUCAUCGUCUUCCUGUCAUAUCUCGCCAUGGGUGCCCUAGUAGAUUGUUAUAUCCUCAACCUUACGUUCAUUGACGGUCUCUACUUCUCAAUCGUCACCAUCGAGACUAUCGGCUUUGGUGAUAUUGCACCGACCACGUCGGGCGGUCGCGUCUGGGUCUGCUUUUUCGCGACUGGUGGCAUCAUCACUCUUGCCGUAACCAUCAGUACCUUCAGCGACAACAUUAUGGAGGCGCUGGAGACUGAGUAUCGCCACCGCGUCGAAGAGAUCAGGAGAAACCGACGAGAAAUGAAGAGGAUUCGAAAGGUCGAGGCCCGCUGGCGCAGUGCCGUUGAGUAUCGGCUGCGCGAUGCUCGUGAGCCUGUCUGGGUUCCCGAUCGAACGGACGCCUACAGUACUUGCCUGGGCAAGAUGGUUAAGCUUGGCUCUCGCGCGAAGAAGACGGUCAGCACGCCUUCGAAGAUACUUCGUCCCGCAUAUGGAAAGAUGCACAUGAACCUCGAAGCCCUUUCGCCCGCGCAGCUCCGCGAGACCGCUCUGGACGCCGGCAUGUCGCUCGAUACCGUGUGUCAGCACUACGCUCAACAUCAACGGAAGUUUUGUGGAAGGUCGACCCAUUGGAUCCAGGCUACCUUUUCCGCCGGCGUUCACCCCAUCCCGCUGGUGGACCAAAUCCCGCAAUGCGCCCCCGGCGUUUUACCCGUUAGCAGCGAUGCUAACGCGAUGACAACCGACGAAAACGCUGUUCAACAGGUCACGAAGGCGAGGUUCGCUGUCGCCGACCAAACGAAGGACAACGACUACAGGCUGUGGGCGGUAAAGGACCGCCCGACGAGGGUCCGGCGCUCUCAGUCCCGGGAGGAGUUAUCAGCGUCUGGACAAGAAUGGCUUGCAAUGUCUUAUGAUGACUUCCAGAAUGGCAUGGAACGAGAAGAGCAUAGACAGUUUUAUGCCAAGUUGGCCUUCGCGUGGACGUUAUUUCUGCUCUUCUGGCUGGUGGGAAGCGCCAUAUUCAAAGCUACCGAGAAGUGGAGCUACGGUACAGCGAUGUGGUUUUGCUUCGUUACCUUCUCGACGAUCGGAUACGGCGACUACCACGUCGCGACUCCAGCGGGGCGAGCCGUAUUCGUCGUUUGGGCCAUCCUCGGCGUCGCCACGUUGACAAUCCUCAUCUCUCUUAUUUCCGACGCAUUUUCUUCCCGCUACAAGAAUGCGUUGCACAUUGGUGUAUUCGAUCGCGCUGUAAAACGGUAUCGGAAACGAAGAAUCGCGCAAGAAUUGGCCAGCCGGCCCCGUCACGUCCCUGGCACCAUGCAGUCCGCGGAAAGUUCGGAGAAACCUGGCCUCAAGCGUGGCAUCCAGGCGACACGACUUGAACGUAGCACUUCCCAGUCGCGGCGCAAUGCAGACGCUCUUCUCGAGGCCCUACCUCGCGAGAUUUUGGGCUAUGCGCGCACGUUUCACGAGCACGUCCGUAUCGUCAUGUCUCAACCCUCUGGUCCGUCCGGCAGGAGCACUCGUGUUUCCACUGCUGGCGAUGUUCCCGAUGGCCUCCGGCGCCUUCUGGACGACAUCGCGGACAAGGAAAAGAUCAGCGACGACAUGAAACGCGAGAUACUGUCGGAUGAAGAAGCGAGAAACACGCUGUGUAUGCUCAGCCUGGAGAGCGAACUGGCUGCGAUCGUACUGCGAGUCCUCCCCAGCCUCCGUUGGAAGUUCGCUGAAGCCCUCAGAAACAUGAUCGCCUCCGCUGAGCGUUCCUUGGACGCACUGGCUGAACGCGACCAGCUUCAGACAGUCGGGUCCGCCGAAGCAGGAAACAGUCAGGUUGCAUUAGGCACAGAAUGCCGAGAUGUUUCAACCCCGCCUUCGAAGUGCUUGUAUGCAUGCGCAUCAGAUCCGAAACACGGGCGAGUAAGAGCGGACUCGGACAUCACCGUCGUGGAGGACGUCUCGCGCGCGUCCGGGUCGUUCGAUCGUCACUUCGACGCGAGUCAGCCUCAUGUCCAACCUCCGCAUCCUCAUGGACUCGUCAUAUCGAUGGGGAACGUGGUGGAAGACCCUGAGCCUAUGACGCCUGCCGACCUUCGUGCUGCCGCAAGGCGGGGAUUCUAGCGUUGGCGUUCGCGACAUGCGCAGAUGUCUUGUAUAUCGUCUCGUCGUAGAGUGUACCAUGGACCUCAACAUAUGUAUGAUUUUCAAGGUCUUGAAACUAUGAUAUAAC